AGCCAUUUUGGCUCAGGGCUGAGGGCAUCGGAGCUCAACGCCGCGCCUGCUCAGCAUCCCCAAGGGGCCCAGGCGCCAUGGGCAAGGCUGGACAGGCGCGCUGCGUCCACCGCACGUUCGGCAAGAAGACCAAGGUGAAGAGCGCCGGGAAGGCGGGCAAGGCCGCCACCCCGCCGAAGCUCAAGAAGGGGCUGUCCCCGGGCUCCGUGCUGAUCCUGCUCGCCGGACGCUUCCGUGGCCGGCGCGCCGUGUUCCUGAAGCAGCUGGGCAGCGGCCUGCUGCUCGUGACCGGGCCCUACGCCGUGAACGGCGUGCCCCUGCGCCGCGUGAACCAGCGCUUCUGCAUCGCGACGAGCGCGAAGGUGGACCUCAAGGGGGCAGACUUCUCUACGGUCACAGACGAGUAUUUUACCAAGGACAAUGACAGGAAGGCCAAGGGCAUGUUCUCCGGAGACGUCGAGAAAAAGGGCAUCAGCGACGAGAAGAAGUCUGGCCAGAAGUCGAUGGAUGACAAGGUGGUGAAGGGUCUCGCGGCAGACAUGAAGGCAUACCUGAAGGCGCGAUUCUCGCUGUCCGACAAGAUGUACCCCCACGAGCUGAAGUUCUGAGGAGAGACGGCCAGGCCGAGACCUCAUCCUGCUCCCGAUGCUCUCGAACUUCCUCCUCUCAUUAAUCAUCCUGCUCCCCCUGGUCCAUCUAGUCGGCCUCGCAGGCAGGCGACAGUGCCUCCGACCCCGAGGCAGGAGAGAGCCAAAGAUGCCCACGAAAUGGCUUUUCGGUCGCUGUCUUACGAGUACACUCGCUGCUCCACUUUCCCCUCCCCUCGAUCGCCGAGUCCACGAGAGGAGGCCUCCUUCGCGGGGAGCGUUAAGAAAACGUAGGUGGUUGGCGCUCAGAAAACGGCCCUGAUUUGUUGAAAGAACUUUCUAUGAAGCCGGCACAGAUAUCUCACAUACGAACGUUCUCGAUCGCAUUUCCGACUGUAUAGUCUCUGCCUUGUCUGCCCGUCUCCUGGACGCCUCUUCGGCGGGGACGGAGGCGUGUCGCAGGGGGCCCGCGGGAGCCGCUGCAGCAGGGCGGGCAAGCUCGAGUCAGCGCGGCGCUUCUCCUGCCUGGGCCCCCCCUGCCGCUUCUGCUCUUGACCUCAGCUUCCUCCUCGCGCAGUCUAUCCAUCGCUGGCCAGGCGCUCCUCCGCUGCACGCUGCGGAGCAGCAUUUGCUGUGGUGACACGCAGUGCUCGCGGACAGGGCAGUCAUCGUCGCCCAGGUGGAUGUGGAACGAAACAAGUCCGCCCUGCCCCCGCCUUACCGCCAGGAUUCCGACUUCGCGUUUCUGGUCUCAACGUGGCUUUUGGAUCCCCUCC